GCGCUGUUGUGCUCAGACCUCAUGGACGUCACAACCAGAAUAAGAGAAGCCCACGUCUCCCCAAGACCUAGGUCCAGAUGUGACCACCCAGAUUUGACCUGCUGAGGCACGUUACUUGCAUGCAAUGCAAACAGCACCGCCCACAGACCUGUAGAUUGUGCAAACAUGUUGCGAUUAGUCACGACUUCGCUGUGUCUCUACUGCCAGCGGGCUCAAGUGACUUCUUUGCUUAUCACAAGGCCCUGCUCCUCGAUUGUUCAAGAAGAGAACCCGCUUGCCGUAAGCGCCCUGUACGACUUGUCCGUAGACAUCAGUAAAGUCCGGAAGCUGAAGGGUUGGGUGUUGCGCCAGAGUCCCGUGUACGUGAACGAGACCGCCGCCCUGCUGAGGGACAUGGGGGCUAGUGGGCCUGUUAUCGCCCGCGUUUUGGAACUCCAUCCUGAGGCCAUCCUCUGCAAACCUGAUCAAAUGGAGGCUCAGAAAAAGCUGUGGAUGUCAGUGUGCACCAGCCAGAAGGAUCUAGUAGGAAUCAUUGAAAAAUUCCCCACCUCGUUUUUCUCCUCGUCCUCCGAUCACGACAGCCAGAAAGCUAACAUUGCGUAUUUCCAGACGUUACAUCUCAACAAACGCGUUAUUAGCAAGCUCAUGGCCAGCGCCCCUCAGAGCUUCAGCCGACCCGCGAAGCAAAACGAGGUGAUGAUCCAGACCCUGCAGGAGACCUAUUUGGACUUGGGUGGGAAGGAGGACAACAUGAAGACCUGGUUGCAGAAGCUGCUCACUCAAAAUCCCUACGUGCUUCUAAAGCUUCCAGAGGCCCUGCAUGAUAACUUGGCAUUCCUACGCAACGUGGGCUUUACUGGCGAUGAGCUCUUGCGGCUGCUUUCCAAACUGAAGGGAUAUGUUACUGAACUGAACCCUGAAAGUAUGAGACUCACCCUCAACUACUCCCAGGAGACUUUGGGAUGCACAGAAGCAGAGCUCAGGCAGAUUGUACUUCAGUGUCCAGCCUUGUUAUACUAUUCUGUGCCUAUACUAGCUGAUCGCUUCAAAGGCCUCCUCACCGCUGGAGUAAGUAUGGAGCAGAUCAUGGAGACUCCCACAGUGUUAGAACUGACAACGCAGAUCAUUCAAUAUCGCAUUCAGAAACUGCGCUCGUUUGGUUAUGAUGUACGUUCAGGUAGCCUGGAAGUCCUCGACGGCACAAAGAAGGACUUUGAGAUGAGCUACGGGAAGUUGCAUCUUAGGCGAGAGAGGCCACUUUUUAAUCCAGUAGCUCCACUUCGAACAGAAGAUUAAGUAUUGAAGCCUGUAUUUGUGACUUUCUAUCUCAAUUUUGACUUUAUUUCUCACAAUUCAGAGUUUACAUCUGGCAAUUUUGAGUUAACAGACUUUUUUCUCAGAAUUGCACAUUUUUAACACACAAUUCUUACUUUACUUCUGAGUUUCCCACAAUUCUGAGUUUGUAUCUUGCAAUUUUGAAAAAAAAAAAAGUUUUUCUAUGAAUUGUGAGUUUAUAUCCAAUUCUGAGCAAAAAGUCAGAAUUGUGAGACACAAACUUGGAAUUGCAAGAAAUAGUCUGAAUUGUGUGCAAGUUUUUAACACAAUUCUGUUUUAUUUCUUGUAAUUCUUAGUUUAUAUCCCAGAAUUCAGAGAAAAAAAGUCGCAAUUACAAUUUUUUUUUAUUGCAUGGCAGAAACAGGUUUCCAUAAUUAAAAUGGUAUGUGCUAUAAACAGUAUAUGAACAACGGUUUCCUUUGUUUUCUGCAUGAAUACAUUUAUUUAUUUUAUUCAUUUGCUGAAAGGAAUAAAUUGUCGAAUGUUAUGUUAAUGUUGUGGAAGGUGAUUCUUACCGAAUACAACAGUCAACCCAUACUGUGCUCAAAGAAAAUGUCAUUUUAUGUCAUUUCCUUCCCUUACAAUGUACAUUUUUGCCAUUUGUGGCACUGAGUCAUUGUUGUAUUGCCACAUACAGAUGUGUUGUGCCAAGUAAUUUAUGUAGCUUUUGAAAUUCUUCAUCAAAGUCUCUAAUAAUGAGCAAUAUAAAAUACCUCUUGGAGGUAUGCAUUAUGCAGAUAAAUAUUCAGAUCAUUGAAUGUUUACCCGUGUGCUGCCGUCAGAAUCUCAUUUGCAAGCAUUUCCCAGUAUUUUGCCCUCUGGGCAGCAUUUUGAGAUAAUUUAGCGCAUUUUAAUGUUUAGACUAAAGACUUCACUGGUAUCUCUAAUGAAGUUACAUUACAUAUUGGCUUGUGGCAUUUGCUGUUUACACAGUGGACUUUAUGAUUUCUUUAAUGGUCACUAUUCAAUUUCUCACAAGCUUCUCAUACCUUCAAAAUAAUGGAUGUUUUUGAUCUUGAUUAGAACUGAUAAUUAAUUUAUGCAUAACCUUUUGAGGCAAGUUUCACUAAUAUUUCUAACUGUUCUGUUUAUUCUACAUCCCUAAAUUCUUGCCUCUGCCAUUCUC